AUGGGAUUAGUAGAAGAUGAUUCACAAAUUUUUAGUACAUUUGAAGAAGCAUGUGUUGUUAUGUUACCAUUUCAAUUACGAAAAUUUUGUUCAUGGUAUCUUUUGUCAGAAAAUAUACAAGAAUCUGACAAAAAUAAAUUACGCGAAGUAGAUGUUAUUAUUUGGGAUAAAGCUUCUAUGAUUCCUAAAAAUGUUUUAGAAAUUAUAGAUAAAACUUUAAAAGAUGUUUGUAAUAACGAUUUACAUUUUGGUGCUCCACAUAAUGAUGAUAUUAGACUUUUAAAUGAUAGAAUUUUGAAUCUAAUCGAUGGGGAAGCAAAAGCUUAUUAUAGUAUAGAUGCUACUCAUAGAGGCGUUGAUGGAACAGAUGAUAAUAUAUACUUGAAUUACCCUCCAGAAACUCUAAAUCAGAUUAAAGAGGGUCUUCCUUCCCAUCAAUUAAAUUUGAAAAUUCAUGCGAUAGUAAUGUUGAUUCGUAAUUUAAGUAUAAAUGAAAUUUUAUGUAACGGAACUAGAUUAAGAAUUAAAAAACUUUAUGAGUUUAAUAUAGAAGCGGAAAUCAUAACAGGAGAGCACAAAGGAAAUAAAGUAUUUAUACCUAGAAUAACAUUAAAUACUGGAGAAUCUUCAUCCUUACCAUUUAUUUUAUAUAGGAAACAAUUUCCUAUUGUCUUAGCUUUUGCAAUGACUAUUAAUAAGUCACAAGGUCAAAGUUUUAAUUCUGUAGGACUAUCUGCUUCCCUGAUCCCCAACAUCAGGUUAUGGGCCCAGGAAACAUCUCAACGAAAACUGCACAAGUAUUCCGUUGCCGAAAAGACUUGCGACCGUGACACGCCAUAG